AACCCGGUAAACGCAUCAUCACCCAAACACAAAAAACCCCCAAAAGUCUACCCCUUUUGGGGUUUCACAAAUCUUCUUCUCCACGCCACCUUCAAAUCCGAUCAACAAACACUACAAUCAACAAUCCAGUAUACAAUCAACGAUCCAGUUAGCAAUUUCAGGUUGCAAUAGAUCGAAACACACUUGUUUCAACCCCCAAUUUCAUGGGUUCUGAAUCAGCCACAGUUUCUAGGUCAAAGUCUCCGUCGUCAUCUGGCAAGUUGUUUCCACCGGGUUUCAGAUUUCAUCCUACUGAUGAAGAACUGGUUUUGUAUUAUCUGAAACGGAAGAUCUGUUGUCGCCCGUUGAAGCCGGAUAUUAUUGGUGAAGUUGAUGUUUAUAAGUGGGAUCCGGAUGAGUUACCUGGGCUUUCUAAACUGAAAACCGGGGAUCGACAAUGGUUCUUUUUCAGCCCACGAGAUAUCAAAAAAACAAACGGUGGAAGAUCAAGCCGGGCUACAAUGAACGGGUACUGGAAAGCAACUGGAAAAGACCGAACCAUCAAACGGAGAACAUCUUCAGUCGGAAACAAAAAGACCCUAGUUUACUACCAAGGUCGUGCACCCUCGGGCGCCAGGACCGAUUGGGUGAUGCACGAGUACACCAUAGACGAAGAAGAGCUCAAAAGAUGCUCGAUCGCUCAACAAUACUACGCGUUGUACAAAGUAUUCAAGAAAAGCGGUGCGGGGCCCAAGAACGGGGAGCAGUACGGUGCACCGUUUGUUGAAGAAGAAUGGGAGGAUGACGAUUGUUUGGAUGUCGAUUCUCUUCUCGUAGAAAAGCUUAAACCGAUCCCAACAAAUGAGUUUACAAAUACGAAUACCCUAGAAGAAGAACAACAAGAAGAAGAUGGAUUGGGCUUUUCGAAUGAGAUUUUGGAGUUCUUAAAUAAAGUUAUUGACGAGCCCGAAAUUCUUCCACCGCUUCCGCGAUUCGCGGAGAACGAUGGGAUAUUUCUCAUUCAGCCUGUUUCGAGUGAAGUUGAGAAAGAUUUUCUUGAAAUGGAUGAUUUGAUUGGUCCAGACCCGAAGAUUUGCGGUUCGGCUGAUUUUGGUUCGUUUUCGGACCUCGAUUGCUACAACGGGUUGGAUGCGAUUGGAUCUCAGUAUAUCGAGCUUCAUGGAGGAUAUGCAGACAAUCUGGAAUACGGGCCUGAGAACUCGGGCCUCGUGAGUGAAGUGAGUCAUGGUCAAGCGGUGCAUGAUGAACUUCCAGUAAGCUAUGAUGAUCUUUGGAAUCACCAUGAUCAAGGAGAAAGUAGCAUGUUGACUAGUCAAACUGUUCCCGAGCCCGUUUCUAACACGUCCUCAGGUGUUAUUAUUGAAGAAACUCAGGGGAAACCUGAAUAUUAUAUAAACCAAUGUCCCGAAAACAUCGAAAACAAUACCAAUACCGAUUCUUGGUUUUCUUCGGCUUUAUGGGCUUUUGUUGACUCGAUACCAACAACGCCAGCUUCGGCUUCGGAAAGUAGUGCACUUGUAAACAGGGCGUUUGAGCGAAUGUCAAGCUUUGGUAGGGGUAAAAACGUAAAUUUAGCGGCCACUGAUGCCAGUGCCGCUAGUUGCAACACAACGAAAAGGUUAGAGAAACCAAAACCGUCGAGAUCAAGUAGGGGUAUUUUAUAUUUUUCUGUUCUUGGAGUAUUGUGUGCUAUUUUAUGGGUAUUUAUAGGGUGGUGUAUUGAAUUAUCGAGUAGAUUGUUACGGUGAUUGGUGUAGAUUUUGAAUGGGUUAGCCGUAGUGGUUUACUAGUGUCUUGUUGGUAACGAUGGCAGCCAUGAGCUCGAUCGAUUGGAAUGUGUUCAAAUGUGGCAAUAAAAGUCGAUUCUCGUACGUGGUUUACA